GACAAUCUCUGGAUAGCAGCGCUCAUUUUAAUCAAAGAUUACAGCAUUUUAUUGGGAUUCUCGUUUAAUAAUAAUUAUUCAUUAAUUAAUUUGAUGCAAUUUCUAAUUUAUUUCUAUUUGUAAAAAUAUAGACUUGAUCACUGCUCUAUCCUUAAUACAUUUUAAUUGGUUUGUUUCCAGAUGGCAAGCACUUCCAAUGCACGCCCUAAUCCCCCAAAGAGGAGGCGUGAGGAGGAUGGGAACGUUGCCCCUCCUAAGAGAAGGUGCAUUGCACCUCAACAGGCCCCUCU